AGUGAAACCUUCCUCAUAUUGCUUAGCACUUCCUUUAGUAUCGGCAGUACCUGUCAAGUCAGGAGGUAAGACAAUCUGUUUAAAGAGAAACUGAACUUUUUUGAUUACAUAAAAUCAAUUUAGGGGUUUCAGCUGUGUUACAAUAUUACAUAGACAGUAAACUUCCUCUGUUCAGGGGAUAUAACUAACCUGCAAUUAUGGUAGAUUGUUAUGCUGGGAGUGCAUUUAAGAAGUUUAAUUUUGUUUUCUGUUUCUCAAAGAAAUAAUCUAAGCACCAUAACCACUAAGGCCUGUUGUAGGGUCUAUGUUGAUCGACGUUUCAUGACACCCCCCUAUUGUAAAAAAUCUAAUUGUUUUACCGGGAUCCAUUGAGCACUGCUCCCCGCCUCCAUUACUUCCUUUGGAGAGAGGGAAGCUCUAUCUGAGCUAAGCGUGGUGAUAUAGCUUCUUAUCUCAUUGGCUGAGAGUGAUGAGCUGACUCUCCCAGCCACUGAGCUAGCCCUGCUAAAAAGGCUCCUGUAAACUUUUGGCUCUCCAUAGGAAGCAGGAAGCAGCGCCCAGAGGUUUGACUACUUACACUGGGGGCACUCCUGGCACCACAAACACUACAGUGCUCUGAAGUAAUUAUGGUGCUUGGAGUUUUUCUUUAAACACUUGGGUGUAUUCACUAAACAGGGAGCUGACAACAACAUUGAUCACAUAUAAGGAUGAAGUAGCUAGGGUGGAAAGCAAUGUUAAUUUGAGUAUUGUCUUUAAAGGAACACUAUAGCGUUAGGAAUACAAAUAACCAUUUAUUAAUUAACCCUUUAUUUGCUUACCUUAAUCCAGUGCUGGGCUCCCUCGGCACUCGUGACCUCUCCUCCUCCAUCGACAUCAGCUCCCAAGUGGAGCUGAAUACGCAUGGGCGGCCAGAGGCGUGCGCGCAUUCAAACCCGCCCCUACGAAAGCACUACUCAAUAUACACCAAAUAUCAAAACUGUAGCUAAAAAAAGUCAAAUAAAUAACACAAUGAGGUUUAUUUACUAAACUAUUAAUUAAAAUCAGCUAAAAUUUGAAAGGCAAUAUUUAGGCUAAAAUAGCCCACCUGUGAUAAGGAUAUAACAUAUUAUUUGGGAGUACACCCGGAACGUGUAUUAUUUAAUAAUGGUGAAGCUAAAGCUUUAAAUCGACAAAGUAAGUUUAUACAUAGUACGCCAUUAUAGCUCAGCAUACACAGAGAAAAUCUUUCAAGUUUUUUUACAAACACACUUUCAAUGAUAUUACAUAAUAACCUAUCUCUGUUCUGUAUACACUUUGGAAAUUUCCGUCUCUGACGCAGCCACUGUUCAAUAUUCUCUGUGUAUAUAAAUAUAUACACCCCGCCCUCUACACACAAAUGCUGCAGGGUAGGUGUCAAGGACAAUUCUUGGGUUGCAUGGAGUAAAUGAUAGGCGGGUAAGCCGCCAAACACCCGUUUUAUCACUAUGCCCACUGACAAUGACCCAACUAUAAUUCAUAACAAUAAAGCAAUACAACCAUAUAAUACAAUAUAAAUAACGUAACACAUAACACAGCCACCAAGGGCAUCAUUUGCCAUAAUUUUCCAACUUAAAUUGUACACACCCAGGGUCUGAGCCACUGAGAAGCUCGAUACCAAUAUAACUACCAAUAUCCAUUCUGAACGCAUUACUGUUUUUCUUAAACUGCAGUCUGCACCUAACCAGGAUCGGUGCUGCCUGAUGAUCCUAUCUCACCUGAUGUUACUCAUACUCUGAGUAUUUUUUUUACCUUACCUCUUCUAGACUGUAAGCUUUUCUGAGCAGGAUCCUCUAUAACCUCUUGUGUCCGGUUAACAUUUGUUGUUAUAUAUCUUCUCCUGUUAUAUCUUCACAUUAAUAUUGUAAGGUGCUUUGGAAUAUGUUGGUGCUACAAAAAUGUCAAUAAUAAUAAUGAUAAUAAUAAUGUUAAUAAUAAUAAUAAUAAAAAAAAAUGAUGAUAUCCACCAUGGGUAACCCAGCCAACAGAUUGCCCCUACCUUGUUUAGGUGUCUGGAUUGGCUGUUCAAUGUAAAUCAAGGAGUGCUAGUGCUCUGUUUAUUGCAGAAUGAAAGAAUUACUUUCAUUUUUGAGAGCAAGGGCAAUAACACUAGAAAUGGUUAUAUUAUAGAGAUUAUUGCAAUAGAUAUAGCAUGUCGGUUUAAUGAGCAACUUCUGGUUUAAAGGAACACUCUAUGCAUUAUAACCACUUAAAGUGGUUAUAGUAUCUGUAAACCGCUGACGCUGUCCAUUUAUUUAAUGUUAAACUGAUUUUGGACUGUUUAGCAUUGACUUAUGAUCCCCCAACUCCCAGCCAUUCUGUGCGGCUUAGCCUAAUGCUUGCAUUACCCCAAGGUGCGAUGGUUGGUAGUGAUAGGCUGAGUGUCAGCUGACCACUCUGCCUAUCACAGCUGCUCAUUGCAAGUAUGAAUUGGUAUGGCUACGGCAGAACCUAAUUUGUGGGGCCCAGGCUUUGUGUGGAAAGGUACCUUUGAAAACCGUGUAAAACUAUUGGAAAUUGGACUUAGGGAUAGUGAGAGCUCUCGGCACUAUAACCAUUUGAAUGAGAUGAAGUUGUUAUGGUGUCUAGUGUGCCAAUUGUUGUGGACUGGCUGCUAAAAUUAAAAAUUUAGAUGUGGAACACAUUCUUAUUUACUUGGGUGCAUUCGUUAAACAUUUUUCAAAAUAUUGAUUUGAAAAACGUCUUGGUUUAACCAAAACUUUUACCAAACAUAACUGGCCUAAAUUUUGAAAGUUGACAGAACUGUUGAAUACAGAAACUCAUAUGUAUAAAUCCAUGGCAAUAUAUUUUGACAGUUUGGUACACAAUGCCGUGCAGAAAUUUAAUCCACGCUGCCCAGUCUUAAUCCCUCAAUAGUGUCUUUUGCUGCUUUAUUUAUUCUGUGCUCUCAAUACAUUUUUCUAUCAGACAAGUCUACAUUGACUGUAGGAAUUAGUAUGAAUGGCCAAUGUAACGUGUGUGUGUGUGUAUGUAGCUGUAGCAACUAUAUUAUUAAAAUGUAUAUAUCAUUAUGGUAUAUCUAAAGGAAUCAAAAAUAAGCAACACUCUUUGAAAAUAAGAAUAAUAAAAAAAUGCUUCUUAUUCAUGGUAGGUCUAAAUAUCUGUUUAGGUAACUGUCUCCCACUUACCUCCGGUUAAAAAGGGGAUUUUACCAGUGCAGCGUGGGCCGGUCGCAGCUGGCCAUCUCCCUGCUUUGCUCCCUUGACUGAGAUCAUCAAAUUUGAAAAUCUCAGCCAAUCCAAUACUUUCCCAUAGCGCAUCCAUAAGGAGGGCCUUAGGGAGCACCAGCCCGGGGGACGUUAGAUUAGAGUGACCGCCAGGAGGGAAGCACACAGCUCUCCCCCCUACCAGUCACUCAGAGUAGAGUGGCCGGGCAGAGAGGACCGCGGUGCAGGACGCUUUUGAUAAGAUACACUAAAGGGGGUAAGACAUUUAAAAGAGAUAAGUCACAAAAGGAGGUUAAGAGACACACAGGUGAAGAUGUUUUUUUAUUUGUAGGGGGGGAAUCAUCUUCACCUGUGUACCCAAAAAUCCUUGCAGGGGGGCGGGGCUGGGCCGCCGAGCCGCAUGGCAGCAGACUAUCAGGGCUCCCGGCCCAAACAAAUUAAUCGGUAUCUGAAAUGAGCACAGAAGGCCUGAAGACAGGAUUGCCCGCUAUAAUAAUGGGGAGGAGGACAUCAGCUCUACAAAGACACCAAUCAGACCCGUAAAGGGGGCUGUAGGCACCAUAAAGGACCCCUAAGGCCUACCCGGGAUCAUAAAACCAGACCCGGGUGACCGUGGGACGGCCAGAACACAUGCCGAUUCUAAAGAGACAGCAACUUACUCUGGCAACGGAAGCUGCCGGAUCGGGGCACGGCCCCGCUCCCCCCCCGGCCGUGCCCCGACUGUAAAUAUGUACAGUCUGUGUAAAUAAGAUACAUUAUUCUUGUUAUAAAUUGCAUUUUUGUUGCAUACAUUCUUAUUAGUAAGUCCCAUGAAUUUUUUUUAGAACAGCCCCGCCCCUGGCCAUACCCCCACUCACAUCUCUCACAUACACCCCUAAAAUUGAAGUGCUCCUUUUUGUCAAUUUGAAAUAAUGCGGGUUUGUGAAUGGGUUAUAUAAACUGUUACAUUAUAUUGCAAUUUAACAAUAGGGUAUUAAGCUAAUAGCUUGUACAUUGCUCAAGUCAAAGAAGGUUAACCAGUGGUAAGAUUGAUACGGUGCUAUAUAUAACUCCAAUUUGUGAGUGAUAUAUGAAAAAUAUGUAUAUAUGGCAGUUAUAAAAAAAUAGUUAAAGCUGUUUUCUACUACUGUUACGAUCAAUUCAGUAAUUUUUUAAAAUUUGCUGUAAAGAAUAUAGGAUGAAUGUUCCGGGUAGCAUUAGUGAGGUCGUGUAGCCUCUGGCAAAAGCGGCACUGUCAUGCCAAACUUACCUUUUCCCAAUCGCUCCAACUUCUAUUCCUCUUUCCUACUCUGUCUUUGUUCUUUUCAUUUCCCAGCUAUUUCUAACUAAUAACAUUAGACAAUGUAGGGACUACUUUUUCUUCUGUAUAUUUCCUGAGCUUGACUUUUUUUUUUUUUUUUUAAAUCAAGGAGGCGCUUAAGUAAGCGGAACUUCCUGUUUCAAAGAAAGUUUUCCUUCAAUACUAACUUCUCCUCUGUAUUCUCGUGUUGCAUCGUUUCGCCACUUCCAAACGUCCUGCCAUGUACACUAAAUUACUGAAUUUCUUCCGAACAGAAUGUCGUAAUUAUUGUAAAAUAAUCCCCCCUCCCCCCUAAAUCCAAUAAAGGUGGACCAGGCACAGGUCCCCCAUGCCCCUAACAUGGUGCACCUAUUAAAUAAUUAACGGGGGGACCCCCCAGUCCCCAUCCAUUAGCACUGGUAGGGGCUCUAAGUGAUAAUGGUUGUGACCUGUUGUCCCCCUCAGCCACCAUCCAUUAGCGGCAGUUGGAAUGGAGGCAACACGAGAACAUGGAGGAGGGGUGAGUAUUGGGUGAGAAGUUCAGCUUACUCCUCCUUGUGCCAAAAAAAGUCAACAGUAGGAACUAUAUACAAGACAAAGUAGUCCAUACUUUGUCUUAUGUUUUUUGUUAGAAAUAGCUGGAAAAUUAAAAGAAGAAAGACGAAAGGAAGAGAAGAGGAAGUGAUUGGGAAAAGGUAAGUUUGGUGUGACAGUGCUGGUAUAAGCUCAGUUUUGUGAAAACUCUUAAGUCUCCAUUAGUUUGUGCUAUGUAAGUUUGCAUUUCACAUCUUUUCCAACAUCUACUGAUGAAUCAGUUACAUACGACUGCCAUGAGCUGUAGUGACCAAUGUAAAGGAACUUUAAUGAGGAAAAGGUCAGAAGACUAACUUGAGUUAGUCUAACACAUCAGUUGAUAUUUAGUCUGCAGGGAAAAACCCUGCAGGUAAAUAUUUUCUCUUCAUGGUCUAUUAGUUUGUAGUCUUCUCUGGUAUGCAAAUAAUCUUAUUGAUUGUUCUUCCAUACAACAUUCUGAUACUCAACAAGUUUUUUUCCCCUUGAUCUCAGAACCUUAACGGAACACUCUACUGCAAAUGUUGUUAUAUAUCUUUUUUAACAAUUUAAAUGAACACUAAAGGCACACAGACCCCUUCAUCGCAAUGUGCAGCUGAGAACAUUGCCAUUCUCCAGGUACAGGAAUGCUUUCAAUACAGGGAUCUAUGGCUCUUAGUGGCUUCUAUCCACCAGUUUUAAAGUGCUGAUUUCUUUUGGAAUCUGCACUUUUAUAAACUGUAACAAAUAUGACAGACUCUAGCAAGCUGACUUGCUUUAUGUGUCUGCAGUGUUCCUUUAAUGAAAAGUUAUUUCAUUAUUUUAAGGUUCAGCAACAUACAAAUCUUGCUGGACUUCACUUAUAUAUGUAUAUUUAUAGUUUCUCUGAGCUGAACUUCCUGUGAGUUGUAAUCCCCAAAUAGUGUAAGAGCUGGAGUUACCAAACAGUGUUUAUCCUCCCAGUUCCCUUUUUUUCUAUUUAAAAGGUAACAUACAUGUAAAUUAAACACGGGAAGCCUACCUAACACAAUGGCCAUUUUAUGAUUUGCGGAUGAGGUAUAUUCUAUGUUAAUUUUUCAAUUAAACUUUUAUCGUUCAGAUAAAUAUCAGAGGAUUGAAAUGUUUGAGUCUACAUGGUAACGUUUCUCUUGCAAUAUUUAAAAGACGUUCUGAAAUAUUUGCAUAAAAGCAGAAGUCCUUUUUGUUUUUCUUACAAACUGUAGGUAUGACAAAUUUGUGUAAGUAUAUAAAUGGACCAAUACACAGCUUAAAGGUAUUUGUGAUGAAUUUAAUUAGUAGGAAUACAACUGGGAAUGUAUCAAGAAUAUAAGAUAUCUUAUGCUAGUAUAAUGUCCACAUACAGUAACUAAGCUGGUCACAUGGGCGUCCGCAGGAAUUUUUCCGGGGGGGGGCAUAAUUGUAAUGACAUCCAUGCUUGGCACUUUUUGACAGUGUCAUGAAAGGGAAGGGGCAUAGCCAUUAUCACAUAAAGCCAGGUUGAAUAGCGUUUUCACAACUAUGGUGUCAGGAAUAUAUGUUUGUAUUCCUGACACUAUAGUGUUCCUUUAAACAAAUUAAAGGACCAUUCUGGUCACCAUAACAACUUCACCUAAAUGAAAAUGCUAUGAUGCCAGGAAGCCCCUGGGUGCUCGCUUUCCUUUAAGGGGUUAAAUCACUCUCAAAUGGUUUAACCCCAAAGGCUUCCUCCAGCUCCAGGUCGCUCAGUGGUAUUUGGCUUCUGAAACGGAGUGUCAGGAAGUGCAGAUUGACGUCAGGCAUGGGUGCCGCUGAUUGGCUAGUGUGGACAGUUGACACUCUAAGCCAAUCGCUAGUUCCCGGUUCAUAAAAUAUUUUUACUUUUUUAUGAAUAGGGAGCUACUGAUUGGCUUAGAGUGCCAGCUGACCACUCUAGCCAAUCAGCAACACCCCUACCCAACGGCACUCUGUGCUUCCUGACACUCAGUAAAUAAAAGUGAACACAUUAAUACUGAUAAUUUUUUUACCUGGGGAGAUGAGAAAGUCCAGCGUUUCCCUGCCUGGCCCAGGUACCAAAGCCUUAUGAUGUGGUGUCCAGAAUAAAGUGGAGGGUACACUUCAUUUGUCCUUCCUGCUCCAAUCUCCUUUUCCUCUCCUUCAUUUGACAGUCUUUUUUUUUCUUCUGACACUGUUUUCUAUCCUUGGCCCCUUUUGCUCUUUUACCUUUCUGCUACUUUCUGCUUAUUUUGCGCCCUUCUGCUCCUUUCUCAUUCUGAUCCCUUUCUGCUCCUUGCAGACCCUUUCUGCUCCAUUUUCUACUUUACCUUUGUGCUCCUUCUGAUUCUUUCUGCUCCUUUACCUUUGUGCUCCUUCCUGCUCCUUGCAGGACCUUCCUGCUCAUUCUCCUAUUUUACCUUUGUGCUCCUUCUGCCCCUUCCAGCUCAUUUCUGACCCUUUCUGCUCUUUCUACUUUACCUUUGUGCUGCUUUACCUUCCAGCUCCUUGCUGACCCUUCCUGUUCAUUUCUGUUCCUUCUCCUACUUUACCUUUUGUGCUCCUUGCUGUCCCUUCCAGCUCCUUGCUGGCCCUUCCAGCUCCUUGCUGUCCCUUCCAGCUCCUUGCUGUCCCUUCCAGCUCCUUGCUGCCCCUUUCUGCUCCUUGAUGUCCCUUCCUGCUCAUUUCUGUUCCUUCUCCGGUAUUGCAGUUCAUUUUUCAAUCACACGAAAAAUAGCAGCACAAGCUGAAAAAUCCAGGGGGGGCCCCCCCCUGCGGACGCCCAUGGCUGGUCAUUGAGAAGUAGUUAAUGCUUAAUGACUUUAUUCCCCGCCUCCUCCUUGGCUGCUAUAAUGCUGCUGUAAAGUUUAACCUACAAAAAUGGUUGUGGAAUGUGGGAGAAAGGACAUUGGCUACCAUUUACAGAAGGAAACCCUGGCCAAGGAAUCUGUUUCUGUGCAUUGUAUAAAACUGCACUGGAAUAGUGAUUUAACUAACACUAUUUCCUUUAUAUAUUUCAGGUUCAUUUCAAAAUGGCUGUAGAGCCAAAUGGUGCUAAAAAGACCUCAUAUGGACAAUUAUGAAGUAUUUAUCAUGACUUUCCCACGUAUGCUUUUCCAUUGGUUGCCAGAGGAACUGGAUAAUCAGAGGAAAACAUGAUUUUACAUUUUUGCAAAGACAUAUGCAAAUUAUUUUACAUGAACUAUGGAAUCUGAAUCAAACAUGGAGCUGCAUAUGUCAAGACAUGAAGACUUCUGACUGUAAUCAAUCUAAUUCCAUACAGUAUGAGGAUUAAUAUAUAAAUAUGAAGAGUAUAAAUGAAUUUAAAACACAAUAAUCAGGAGAAAAAUCACCAAAUGAUGAGUUUUACAAGAUGGAAUUUCUUCAUGACAGGAAUGGGGAUUUUUACCUUUUUGUUUGACGUUGGAGUAGAUCUAUGGAUAGCGAUGAAAUAUUUUCAGCAAGAACUUCAUCUUUAUGGUCUAUUAACAAUUUUUUUCAUUCUUGUCGGUGCAAUAAUAAUUCAGGUGUUUAGCUACACAUGGUUUAAGGAUGUUGAGAAAGACAGCAGGAAAUUAACAUGGAUACUUGUUGUCCAUCUCUUUCUAUCAGGAAUAUUCGUUAGGUAAGUUCAUGAUAAUAUGAUCACUGCUGGUAUAAGGAAAUCACAGGGAGAGUGGCGUUGGGGGCUGGGGGUGGAUGGAAAAGCCCUUCUAGCUGAGAGGUGUGCCCAAUAAUGCAAUCUGACCAAGUUUAAAAUGAGUUUAUAAAAGUUUAUUACAUACUUCUCGAAAUUUCCUUUAUUUUGGUUUGUAUAUUUGUUUAAAAGUGUUUGCUCUUGCAAUGACCAUUUAAGUGUAAGCUGACCUGCCACAUCAAGUAACUUGUUUUUUUGGUUUUAUUUUAUUGGGGCUGAUGUGUACUAUAGCUGCUGCCCAGGAGAAGUGGGUGCUUGAGCGCAGAGCUUAAUUUUGUAAUUGCUUUUGUAUUACACAGCCAUGUUACGAUGCUGCCCGCCACCCCAUGUGUUUCCUAUUAAGGGUAAAUAAGUGUGUAGGGUUUAGAAAGAUACCCCUCUUUGCCGUAUUAGAAAUUGUUUACCUUUUUAGCAUAAUUAGCAGGAGUAGUGGGCGUUUGAGCGCAGGACUUAAUUUUAUAUGUUUACAUAAGUGAAUAUGCAGGGUUUUAAGCAGAAACACUGCACAUAUAGACUUUUAUCACCAUGACCACUUAUAAAAGCACAAGUGGCCAUUGCAGUUGGAUUAACUCUUUAGGUAACAAAAAGCCAAUGUUGGUUUUCUUUAUGCCAUUAUGGCACAUUUACAUAAUUUUCAAAAAGUGGGGAUGAAUGGAAUGAAUAGUAGUAUAGAGGCUAAUUCUUUAGAAUACCACUCCAAAGUUAAAAACAAAUGUAUCACUUUAACAUUGGAGUGUUUCUUUUUGGGUAAAUUUAGGGCCCACCACUGCUUAACUUUAAUUACAGGGAGUGCAGAAUUAUUAGGCAAAUGAGUAUUUUGACCACAUCAUCCUCUUUAUGCAUGUUGUCUUACUCCAAGCUGUAUAGGCUAGAAAGCCUACUACCAAUUAAGCAUAUUAGGUGAUGUGCAUCUCUGUAAUGAGAAGGGGUGUGGUCUAAUGACAUCAACACCCUAUAUCAGGUGUGCAUAAUUAUUAGGCAACUUCCUUUCCUUUGGCAAAAUGGGUCAAAAGAAGGACUUGACAGGCUCAGAAAAGUAAAAAAUAGUGAGAUAUCUUGCAGAGGGAUGCAGCACUCUUAAAAUUGCAAAAAGCUUCUGAAGCGUGAUCAUCGAACAAUCAAGCGUUUCAUUCAAAAUAGUCAACAGGGUCGCAAGAAGCGUGUGGAAAAACCAAGGCGCAAAAUAACUGCCCUUGAACUGAGAAAAGUCAAGCGUGCAGCUGCCACGAUGCCACUUGCCACCAGUUUGGCCAUAUUUCAGAGCUGCAACAUCACUGGAGUGCCCAAAAGCACAAGGUGUGCAAUACUCAGACAUGGCCAAGGUAAGAAAGGCUGAAAGACGACCACCACUGAACAAGACACACAAGCUGAAACGUCAAGACUGGGCCAAGAAAUAUCUCAAGACUGAUUUUCCUAAGGUUUUAUGGACUGAUGAAAUGAGAGUGAGUCUUGAUGGGCCAGAUGGAUGGGCCCGUGGCUGGAUUGGUAAAGGGCAGAGAGCUCCAGUCCGACUCAGACGCCAGCAAGGUGGAGGUGGAGUACUGGUUUGGGCUGGUAUCAUCAAAGAUGAGCUUGUGGGGCCUUUUCGGGUUGAGGAUGGAGUCAAGCUCAACUCCAGUCCUACUGCCAGUUCCUGGAAGACACCUUCUUCAAGCAGUGGUACAGGAAGAAGUCUGCAUCCUUCAAGAAAAACAUGAUUUUCAUGCAGGACAAUGCUCCAUCACACGCGUCCAAGUACUCCACAGCGUGGCUGGCAAGAAAGGGUAUAAAGAAGAAAAUCUAAUGACAUGGCCUCCUUGUUCACCUGAUCUGAACCCCAUUGAGAACCUGUGGUCCAUCAUCAAAUGUGAGAUUUACAAGGAGGGAAAACAGUACACCUCUCUGAACAGUGUCUGGGAGGCUGUGGUUGCUGCUGCACGCAAUGUUGAUGGUGAACAGAUCAAAAACACUGACAGAAUCCAUGGAUGGCAGGCUUUUGAGUGUCCUUGCAAAGAAAGGUGGCUAUAUUGGUCACUGAUUUGUUUUUGGUUUGUUUUUGAAUGUCAGAAAUAUAUAUUUGUGAAUGUUGAGAUGUUAUAUUGGUUUCACUGGUAAUAAUAAAUAAUUGAAAUGGGUAUAUAUUUGUUUUUUGUUAAGUUGCCUAAUGAUUAUGCACAGUAAUAGUCACCUGCACACACAGAUACCCCCCUAACAUAGCUAAAACUAAAAACAAACUAAAAACUACUUCCAAAAAUAUUCAACUUUGAUAUUAAUGAGUUUUUUGGGUUCAUUGAGAACAUGGUUGUUGUUCAAUAAUAAAAUUAAUCCUCAAAAAUACAACUUGCCUAAUAAUUCUGCACUCCCUGUAUUUUUGAAAAAAGAAAAUGAAACAUACAGAGAAAGAACAGCUGCAAAAAGCAGGUGUAUCUAACUGCAUGAAUCUGGAAAAAAAUAAAUAAGGUUCUCACAAAUAAAACAGAAAAAUAAAAAAUAAUAAAAGUGUAUCUCCUAGUGAUAAUUUAAAAAGAUAGACUAAUGGUAUCCCAUAUUUCUAGUAUAGAGUAUAUAAAUCUAUGUACAAGGUAGGGCACCAGAAAAUGAACUUUAAUAUAUCUUGCUCUACUGUGUCCACUAAAUUAACAAAAAUAUAGAACUAAACCAGGGAAGGGAUAUAACAAUAUAAAGACAAACAAUUACCACAAAAAAUAAUAAUAAUGAAAUACCUAAGAGAGGAAAUACCAAACUAGGUAUAUAUUAUAGCCUAAUACAAAUGUAUAGUCAGAGGAAAUAGAUAUCGUGGAGCUUAGGGUGCCCACGGCAUAUCUAUUAGACAGAGCCAGGUAGAUAGAAAUGAAUAUGACAGGGGAAAAUAACAAAGAGUUGCUUAACAAUGUAGCAGACAAUGUACUAGUCACAAAAAAAGCAACAUAUUAUCCAGUCCCCUAGUAAGUAUAUACUAAUCCAGCUCAAAAAGUGGUAAGAAGGAAAAAGUCUAAAUAAAUAGGUCUAUCUAGUCAUACAUAAGUGUCCACAAAACUUUAUAGUGCCAUAUAGUGAUAAAUGUGGGCAAACCAGUGAAGUCCAAAAAAUCGGACAGAGAAAAACGCCUGACGCGCGUUUCAGUGCUCUUAGUAGCACCUUCGUCAGAGGCAAAACAAGGACUGCUCAGUAUGCGCUUAAAAUACCCCGUUCGUAUCUUCUCCUAACCAAUAAGAAUCCUACCUCUGGCAGAGGGCGGGAUAAACUGUUUCCCGCGCUCUCCACAAAGUGAUUGAUACUAUCGGAGAGAGUGGGGCGGGUAUAUCUAUUACAUUAGCAUAAACUCCUCCCACUUAUCUCCGUGAAUAGAAACACUGUGUAUCAGUGUAUUGUACAUGAAGAGAAGGUUAAAAGGCAGCGUAGACCAUUAGUCUAUGUUUUUAAAUUAUCACUAGGAGAUACACUUUUAUUAUUUUUUAUUUUUCUGUUUUAUUUGUGAGAACCUUAUUUAUUUUUUUCCAGAUUCAUGCAGUUAGAUACACCUGCUUUUUGCAGCUGUUCUUUCUCUGUAUGUUUCAUUUUCUUUUUUCAUAUAUACAAUUUUGGGGUUAGGCCCCUGGAGACCCUUGGAGCCUCCAUUAGGUACUAGGUGGUUUCACCUACACCAUUGGUGCCAUAUUUUGAUAGGCACUGAGUGGUGUGGGUUUUUCCUACCUUUUUUUGUUUCUCCCUGUAUUUUUAAAAACUUUUUUACUCAUUUUUUUUUUCCAGCGGAGAGACUAUCUUUCCACUGCAGCUCCUGACUACACCUGAGAGAUCAUCAAUACUGUUAAUCUCUGUGUCAGUCAAAUAAUCCUCAUAGAAAAACUUUGGAGACAUAAGGAGCAUGAGCGACAGUUGCAGUGUUUUGCCAAUAGAAUGCUUCAUCAUUUUUUUUUUUUUUUAAUUUUUUUUAUAAAAGUGCAACUUUUCUCAUGAAAUUGGCACUUUAAAGGGACACUAUAGUCACCAAAACAACUUUAGCUUAAUUAAGCAGUUUUGGUCUGUAGAUCAUGCCCGUGAAAUUUCACUACUCAAUUCACUGCCAUUUAAGAGUUAAAUUACUUUUGUUUCUGUACAUGCAGCCCUGGCCAGACCUCCCUGGCUGUGACUCACACAGCAUGCAUGAAAAAAUGCUUUCACUUUCAGUCACAUGUAACUUACUUUAAAAGUUUUUAUGUCCUGCGCUUUAAAUUUAAAACUUUAAUCACACACGGGAGGCUCCUGCAGGGCCCUGCAAGCUAUUAACAGUGCAAGAGAUAAGAAAUUCUAAAUUAUACAGAAUAUGCAAUAAAGGAAGUAUAAACAUUAGAAUAAUCUUUACAGGAAGUGUUUAGGAAGGCUGUGCAAGUCGCAUGCAGGGAGGUGUGACUAGGGUGCAUAAACAAAGUGAUUUAACUCUUAAAUGGCAUAGAAUUGAGCAGUAAGACUGCAGGGGCAUGAUCUAUACACAAAACUGUUGCAUUAAGCCAAAGUUGUUAAUGUCCUGCUUAACCCCUUAAGGACCGAGGACGGUUCAGGACCGUCAUCGGCAUUUUUGCCUUGCCGACCGAUGACGGUCCUGAACCGUCCAAACGGUCUGGGGGUACUUACCUGAUCGCCGUCGUUCCCCCGGCGGCGAUCAGUGUUCCUCCGGUUGUGGGGAGACUGCCUGCAGCCCAGACAGUCUCCCCACACUGAAUUAGGACCCCUGUGGCCAUGUGAUAGCUCAACACAGCGAUCACAUGGUCACAAUAGGUGUCCAUAGUGCUGCCUGCAGAGGGACUGCCUGUGCUGACAGGCAGUCUCCCUGCUAGUGUAAAAUCAGAAAAAAAAUUAAAGUUAAUGGUAAUAAAAAAAAUAAUAAUAAUUAUAUAUGUAUAAAUAUGAUAUAUAGACAUAUAUUAUAUCUAUAUAAUAUAUGUCUAUAUAUCAUAUAUAUAUAAUGUCAUACUAACUGUAUUUUUAUAUUAAUAUGUACUUAUAUUAAUAUAAAAAUACACUUAUAAUUAAAUUACACACGUAUAUAUAUAAUAUAUAUAAUAACUAUAUAUAUUGUGUAUAUAUAUAUUAUUAUAAAAUAUAAAUAAUAAGUAAUUUAAAUUAAAUAAAAAAAUUUUAAAAUAAUAAUAAAAAAUUUUAAAAAAAUUAUAUAGCUAUAUGAAAUUUUAUUCUAACUGUAUUUUAAAAUUAAUAUAUUUAUAUCAAAAUACACUUAGAAUGAAUUUGUAUAUAUAUCUAUGUAUAUAAAAAUAAAUAAAAAUAAUAAGAAAUAUACAUACGUCCAUAUACAAAAUUACAUAAAUAAUUAUAUAAAUAUAUACGUAGACUUCAAAUAUAUAAAUAUGCAUAUAUAUUUAAAUUCUACGUGCGUAUUUAUGUAAUAUUUUUACAUAAUUAAGCAAUUUUAUUGAUUGCAAUUUGAGGGACCUGCCUGCCAACCCAGGCCGAAAGUCCAGAGAAUUUAAUUUGCUAGCACUGUAUUUUACCCUGUAACGUUCUACGACACCCUAAAACCUGUACAUGGGGGGUACUGUUUUACUCGGGAGACUUAGCUGAACACAAAUAUUAGUGAUUCAAAACAGUAAAACAUAUCACAGCGAUGAUAUUGUCAGUGAAAGUGACUUUUUUUGCAUUUUCACACACAAACAGCACUUUUUACUGAUGAUAUAAUUGUUAUGAUACGUUUUCCAGUUUUUAAACACUAAUAUUUGUGUUCAGCGAUGUCUCCUGAGUAAAACAGUACCCCCCAUGUACAGGUUUUAUAGCAUUUUUGAAAGUUACAAGGUCAAAUAUAUGGGUCAAAUAUUUUUACAUUGAAAAUGGCCAGGUUGGUUACGUUGCCUUUGAGAGCGUAUGGUAGCCCAGGAAUGAGAAUUACCCCCAUGAUGGCAUACAAUUUGCAAAAGAAGACAACCCAAGGUAUUGCAAAUGGGGUAUGUCCAGUCUUUUUUAGUAACCACUUGGUCACAAACACUGGCCAAAAUUAACGUUCAAUUUAGUUUUUUUACUUUUUUCACACACAAAACAAAUAUGAAUGCUUACUUUGGCCAGUGUUUUCAACUAAGUGGCUACUAAAAAAGACUGGACAUACCCCAUAUUGAAUACUCUGGGUUGUCUACUUUAAAAAAAAUAUGUACAUGUGGCGUGUUAUUCAGAGAUUUAUGACAGAUAAUAGUGUUACAAUGUCACUAUUGAUAAAUUUUAAAAAUGUAUGUUUUGAAACCGCAAUAUCCUACUUGUACCUAUAGCCCUAUAACAUGCAAAAAAAAAGCAAAAAAGCACGUAAACACUAGAUAUUUUUAAACUCAGGACAAAAUUUUGAAUCUAUUUAGCAGUUUUUUUAAUUCGCUUUUGUAGAUGAGUAAAAGAUUUUUCAAGUAAAAGUCAAAAAACAUGUAUUUUUUUAAAUUUUUCAUCAUAUUUUUUUAUUUUUUUUAAAUUAAAAUACAUGAGAUUAUAUAAAUAAUGGUAUGUAAAGAAAGCCCAUUUUGUCCUGAAAAAACAAUAUAUAAUUUGUAUGGGAACAGUAAAUGAGAAAGCGGAAAAUUACAGCCAAACACAAACACCACAAAAGUGUAAAAAUAUUCCUGGUCGCAAAUGUACAACAUCGCAAAAACAGUCCAGUCCUUAAGGGGUUAAUGUCCUGCUUCUUUGCUUGGUGCCAAAAUUAAGUUAAAUGGGCGUCAGCAGCAAGCACAGAAAUCUGUUCAGUAAGCAAAGAACUGUGGUUAAAUACAUUGUAAAAUGAUGAAAAUUUGUCAUUUUCAGGUAAGUUGACUUAGUAAUUUUAUUCCAUCUCAACAAUUCUUUACUCAGUGGCAUAAUUACCAUGGUCGCCGGGGUUGCAGCUGCGAACGGGCCCCUCACUCCAGAGAUCAAAGUUGUGCUGUCAACCCCUGUGACUGGUGGGCCGAAAUAACUCCAGGGCCGGUGCACAAUCGCACCAGCCCAGGGUGCGCAGUAGCUGGGUGACUGCAUGUAGUGUGACUGAGCGGAAUACUAUCUCACAGGAAGUGCUCCCAGUGACACACAUGGAGUUUUUGGGACUCAGGGGGAAAAUGAGACACAUGAAGGGGCUGAGGGGGGCAGAAUGAGACACACAGGGGGCCCCAGGCCAAUUUUUACACUGGGGCCUGUGGUUUCUAGUUACGCCUCUCUUUUUACUCUAAACAUUGAGAGUUGGUUAUUUAGCUUUCCACAACUUACUCUUUAGUGAGUACAUUUCAAAAAACAGUUUUGCCUAGACUCCUAUGAUAAGACAACUGAGGAAAAUAUAAUAAUAUAGGCACACAUAUUGUUCAUGUCCACAUUGUAGUAUGUAAAUUCUUGGAUUUUUCCAAAUCUACACCAUCAUUUAUAAAUUGUAAUAUUCAAAUAUAGUAGUUAAAUUACGUUUGACUUUCUUGAGAUUUUUACUGAAGUAAUGUUUUUUUAAUUAUUAUUAAUUUUCAAAAUAUAUUUUUCUUGUUUUAUUCUAAGCCAAGAUAUAUAUCUCUGUGUAUUUACAGUAACUAUCAUAAUUUGUGAGUAAAGAUUGAUUAUGUCCAUCACAUGCCUUAAAUGUAGAGAUAAAUCCAGAAAAUGUAUCUUCGUAGGUAACAUAGGAAAAAUAAUCCAGAUUCCAACCCUUAAUAUAAUAUUUUUAGAUAAUGUAUAUAUUUUAUUCGUUAGGUACUGGUAUGCAUUGAAGUAUGGAUAUCUGGCAACAUUAUCCAAACAGAAAACAAAUGAUUCUGCAACUAAGAAGAAAAUAGCUGUGGAAGCCAUGACAGAUCUGAGCAUGCUACGUGUAUUUAAAACUUACCUAGAGAGCAUUCCCCAGCUAAUUCUUCAGAUUUACAUCCUGAUGGAGCAUGGCCGGAUAAGUAUUGUUCAAUGUAUGUGGACAGAUAUGUAUGAUUCCUUCCUGAUGUUUAAUCCUCUUAAAAAUAUUUGACAGAUUUUGGUAUCUCUGACAUUUUUAUUGUUGUUAGAUUAUAUAAGACCGUUUUUAAUCGAUUCUUUUUCGGUUUCAUAUAUCAUUGUUCCUUAAGAGGAUAAAUACACAUCCUUCUAGUAUGAAAAUGCAGCAAAAAUGAUGAAAUGAUUGAAUCGGUUUGCCAACUAGUGUUUAGUAUUAUUACUAUAUCCUAUUAUUUCAUUACAGGUUACCUCCUGUUUUGUAGCUACUCCUAGCAACCAGACCAUAUAGAACUAUCAGAGAAUGUUGACCAUCAAAGUAGACAAGUUUAUACAUAAUAGGAAGGCUUCUAAGGUAUGGCUUUCUGCUGUGAACACUAGGGUAGAGUAUGUGUGGGACAGUGGCUUGACACAAGAGUCAGGUCUUCAACACAGAUCAAUACAUGAAAAAAGAAUAUACCCAUGCAGAUAAGUGCUGCGGAAUUAGUUGGCACUAUAUAAAUACCAAUAGUAAUAAUAAGUGGGAAAAAAAAAAUCAUGUAAUUAUCGGUUAAUAAGGUUACCAUAUUUUUGGGAAAAAAUACUGCCCAUACUAAUUAGCAUAAUUAUAUAUAUAUAUAUAUAUAUAUAUAUAUAUAUAUAUCCGCUUAUAAAAAUGUGGUUAAUGACAUUUACUGUCCACACAGGAAAAGUUGUGCCGAGCAGCAACCUAAUCCACAGAAGGGUUAAUGCUGAGCAGCAAUUAUGCAAAUGGCAACCUGGUAACUGACUUUGGGGUCAAUGGCCGGUUACAGCCUAUCAGAUCUAGAGGAGGGGUAUUUAGGCCCAGUUCUCAUCCUGCUCAGUGCCCUGUUGUGGUUUCCCUUGUGGUUGUGCGAGAGUGCGUUCCUGUUUAUAGUUUUUGACUUUGGAUUUGUUUAUUGACUUCUCUAUAUUCUGGUAUCCUGACUCUUGGCUUUCCUCAUCGCUGCGUCCCUUUCUGUGUUCCCUGACCUCGGCUAGUAUUUUUGACUAUUCUAGGUACGUUAAAUCCGGCCAUUCUAAGGACCGGUAAUACGUUACUUAUUUGUCAUUCGUGCUAUACAGUUCUACGUGCUGGAUCAAACAGUAAUCCUGACAUUACGACAUGGCCAUAGAUCCUGUAGAACUGUGUCAGCACAUAGCUGCUUGCGAGAGGAAAUUAGAGGAGAAUGAUCACCGCAUGGAUCAAUUCGCUCAGGCUUUCAGUAUGCUUUCGCUAGAAUGGCGCAUCUGCAGCAUCUCCUCCUAUAGCACCUCUACCCUGUGUACCUCCACCCACUGUUAAUAUGACUCCUAGCAUCUUCUUAUCGCCAUCCCUACAGUUUGAUGGCAAUAUCCAGGAAUGCAGGGGUUUUCUUAAUCAGGUGGAGUACCAUUUUGAGGCCUCACCAGGGUCGUUCCCCACGGACAGAGCAAAAAUUGGUUAUCUAAUCAAUCAAUUAAAUGGCAAGGCCCUUGCCUGGGCUAAUCCGUUGUGGGAGAGUAAUCGGAGCAUUGCUCAUAAUUACCAGGAAUUCCUUGCCGAAUUCAAGCUCACGUUUGAGCCAUUGGGUAGAGAGGAUGACGCUUCCACUGCCCUAAUGCACAUCAGAUAAGGUAACCGGUCUAUCUCGGAUUAUGCUAUUGAAUUACGUACCUUAGCUUCCGACGUAGAUUGGACUAACAAUGGGUUAAUCUCAGCAUUCAAAAAGGGUCUCUCAGAGACUAUACUAGAUGAGAUAGCAGCUAAAGAAUUACCUAAGAGUCUUAACGAAUUUAUUACGUUUGUCAUGCAUAUUAAUAAUAGGUUAAGACUCCGAGAGGUCACCAGAAGCAAGACGAGACGUACGGCUAUGUCCCUAGCACCUCGAUUCUCUAAACCUGUUUUGUCUAACCUCCCUGUACAGUCCGAACCCAAACCUAUGCAGUUGGGGGGUCACUAGACUGUCUCAGGCUGAAAAACAGUAUAGGAGAAGGGAGGGGUUAUGCCUAUAUUGCAGUAGAAAGGGACAUAUGAUAACUAAUUGCCCAGUGCGUCCGGAAAACUUCCGCACCUAAGAACCUUAAGGGGACAGAUCUUAGGUGUGAUGGAGUUGUCCUCUAACAAAAACAAAAGUAGAUUCCUCCUUGAGAUAUCUAUUUCCCUUGAUAACAAGAAGUUUUCUUGCAGUGCCCUAAUGGACACAGGUGCUGCUGGAAAUUUUUAAUGAUGUCCAGUUUAUUAGGGGUAAUGAGAUACCGGUCAGGGAGAGACCUACGCCACUAGCUGUAGAGGCAAUUGAUGGUAGACCACUCACACAACCGCUUAUAACCCACGAAACUGUCCCUAUUACGAUCUCUAUUGGGGCCUCCCAUAGGGAGGAGAUGAUGUUUCAGGUUAUUACUUCUCCAUCAUGUCCUAUCAUAUUAGGGUUUCCGUGGCUGAGUAAGCACAAUCCCUAUAUUGACUGGGCUAAUGGGGAGGUAUUAGAAUGGGGUAAAGAGUGUAUGGGGAGAUGUAUAAAACCAGUACUAAAGAGAUUGGAUACUAUUGACAUUCCCACUACCACUCCCCAAACUCCUGGAGUUCCCAUACAAUACCGAGAACUUCAGGAGGUGUUUAACAAGGCUCAAUCCGAUGUAUUGCCUCCCCACAGAGCAUAUGACUGUGCCAUUAACCUGUUUCCAGGCGCUAUGCCACCUAAGGGGGCAGUUUAUGCCUUAUCUCCCCAGGAGAGUAAAAUAAUGGAGGAAUACAUCAAAGAAUCCUUGAGCAAAGGGCACAUAAGAGGGCACAUACUCACCUGCUGGUGCAGGAUUCCUUUUUGUUGAGAAAAAGGGUGGUGAGUUACGCCCUUGCAUAGACUACAGGUCACUUACUAAUCACUGUAAAAAAUGCAUAACCUAUCCCACUCAUUUCCGAAUUGUUCGAUAGACUUCAGGGAGCUAAAGUAUUUACUAAGCUUGACCUUAGGAGCUCUUACAAUUUGGUUAGAAUUAAAGAGAAUCAUGAGUGGAAGACGGCAUUUAAUACCCGUAGUGGACACUAUGAAUAUCUGGUAAUGCCAUUUGGGUUAUGCAACGCCCCGGCCGUAUUCCAAGACUUUGUAAAUGAUGUACUCAGGGAAUUCAUUUACUCAUUUGUCUUGGUUUAUUUGGACGAUAUUUUGGUGUAUUCCCCUGAUCUUCAAACUCACCACUCCCAUGUGAAACAGGUUCUGCAGACGUUGUUGAAAAAUAAACUUUAUUGUAAAUUAGAAAAGUGCAUAUUUGACCAGCCUGAAGUCCACUUUUUGGGUUACAACAUCUCUGAAUCGGGAUUUCAAAUGGAUCCUAAAAAACUAGAGGCUGUACUACACUGGCCAUUACCCUCUGGUUUAAAAGCCAUUCAAAGGUUUAUUGGUUUUGCUAACUAUUACAGAAGAUUCAUCAAGGGAUUUUCUUCUGUAAUCGCCCCAUCAAUAAUAUGACUCGCAAAGGGGUUAGUAGCACGGUAUGGUCCAAAGAUGCUGUGAAUGCUUUUGAGACUCUUAAAUAAAGAUUUGCCUCUGCGGACAUACUAAACCAUCCCAACACCAGUAAACCUUUUAUAUUGGAGGUUGAUGCAUCUGAGACAGGGGUAGGGGCUGUUCUCUCUGAGAGAAAGCCAGGGAACACCAUUGCAUCCUUGUGGCUACUUCUCCAGAAAGAUGUCUCCUGUUGAGCGCAACUACAAUAUUGGCAAUAGAGAACUGUUGGCCAUUAUUCUUGCCCUCAAGGAGUGGCAACAUCUUUUGGAGGGUUCCAAGGACCCUCUGUUGAUCAUAACCGACCACAAAAACCUGGCAUAUAUAGGGGAUGCCAAACGUUUGUCUUCCAGACUUGCUAGAUGGUCACUGUUCCUUUCACGUUUUAACUUCUUCAUUACUCAUAGACCUGGUUCUAAAAAUACCAAGGCUGAUGCCUUGUCCAGGCAAUUUGAUAAUGCGUCCGCUCCGGAAUAGGUGACAUCUCCUAUUAUUCCACUAGAGUGUAUUAUUGCUACUAUUGUCCUCUCACUGUCUUCUCCACUGCUUGGCACCAUACUGGAGGCCCAGCCUCAGGCGCCCAGUGGUAAACCGUGUGAUAAACUGUUCGUUCCCCUAUGUGAAAGGGUUAAUAUCAUGAAAGUGUUCCAUGACAAUAUAACUGCUGGACACCCGGGCAUCAAUAAGUCCACUGCCGCGAUCACUAGAUCAUUUUGGUGGGAUUCACUCAGGAAAGAUGUAAAGGAGUAUGUGCAGGCAUGUUCUGUGUGUGCAGUUUCUAAGGUGACUCAUGCACUUCCUUGUGGCCUGUUGCAGCCUCUUCCUGUUCCUGAGAUUCCAUGGUCCCACUUAUCCAUGGACUUUAUUGUUGAGCUUCCUAGCUCUGCUGGGUUCACUACUAUUCUCAUGGUUGUAGACCGAUUUUUCUAAGAUUGGCUCACUUCAUUCCUCUCAAGAAGUUGCCAUCUUCGCAAGAAUUGGUCCUAAUUUUCAUACGUGAAAUUGUCCGUUUGCAUGGCAUCCCUCACAAUAUUGUGUCUGAUAGGGGCUCUCAGUCUGUGUCCAGGUUCUGGAGGGCGUUCAGUAAACAAUUGGGGAUUGAUCUCUCCUUCUCCUCCUCCUACCAUCCACAGACCAAUGGUACAGCUGAGAGGGCUAAUCAGUCAUUAGAAGUUUAUUUGCGUUGUUUUAUUAAUAGCACACAGGACAAUUGGUCUGAACUACUCCCGUGGGCCGAGUUCGCUAGAAACAAUGCUGUUCAUAACUCCUCUGGGCACAGUCCAUUUUUUGUCAAUAAUGGUAGGCAUCCUAUGGUUCUACCUGCGGUAUUUUCUGAUACUGCCAUUCCUGCUCUGGAUGAGCAUCUGGCCUUCGUUCGGGAUUACCUGGGUUAAGGUUCAAACUGCUCUAGGGGCUGCUGCUGAACGCUUCAAACAUUUUGCUGAUAAGCAUAGGAGUGCCAACCCGGUGUACCAAGUGGGGGACCGGGUUUGGUUGUCAUCUCGCAACAUCAAGCUUAAGGUCCCUAGCAUGAAGUUUGCCCCCAGAUUCCUUGGUCCCUAUAAAGUGCUUUGUAGGAUCAAUCCAGUGUCUUACUCUCUGGCUCUUCCUGCAUCUUUGGGGGUUCCCAACACUUUUCAUGUGUCCUUACUCAAACCUCUUGUCUGCAAUAGAUAUACAGUUCCUUGUGUUCCUCCCCUCCGGUGGUGGUGGGUGGUCAGGAGGAGUAUGAAGUAUCUUCUAUCGUGGAUUCUAGGUUUUCUCGGGGCACUUUACAGUACUUGGUUGUUUGGAAAGGUUACGGUCCUGCUGAUCGUUCUUGGGUUUCAGCUCUUGACCUGCAUGGGGGCCGUAAGAUCCGCGCUUUUCACGCCAAAUUAACAUGGGAUGGGGGGCGGGAGGGAAAGGGACACUGCAGGGUCCUACAGUGCCAGGAAAACAAAUAUGUUUUCCUGGCACUGGAGAAUCCCUUUAAGGACUUCUGUUCAAUAAUAUAUUUAUUCCCUACUAUACAUAAAUAUAUACAUGACAUCACAGGACACAAUGUCACUUGAUGUUAAGUAACAUCUAUAGGAAAAAAAAACACUUGAAAGGGGAAAAAAAUUCUUUAAAUCACCAGGACACUAUUUACUAUGUGUGUCUGUCUAACUGUACAUGUAGCAUUCGGUAUAUGUAGCAGCGUGUAUGUAUACUAUCUGGAUGAGUGUGAGAAUAGUAGUGUGUAUAGCAGUGUGUCAUUCUCUAAAUGUGUGUUUAACAUUGUGUACCUGCUGUUGUCUAUAUGUGUGUGUCUUUGUGUGUAUGAUUUGUCUAAGUGUGUGCCAGGUGGCAACCCUAUCUGACAAUGAUCUAAAGUGUUUGUAAUGUAAAAAACAUUUUUUACUAUAGGCAAAAAAUACCAACAUUUUUUCAAAUAAAUAUGUUUAAUUCUACCUUUUAUUUUCUUGUAUAAUGUUCUUACUGGUAAAGGCAGGAGGACAACGUGAAGAGAAAUGUUUUAAUGAAACUGAGAUUUAUAUUGAUGUUCUCAGAUAAAAGGAAUUUAGUACAUACACAAUGAUCCAUAAAUGGUGAAUUUGCAGCAAUAAACUGGCCUAACAAUUUGGAGGCAAUUUGCUUUGUUCAAGUUAGAUGUAAUUUACUGUGUUUAAUAAACUACAAAUAGAAUGAGAAAAGAAAAUUGAACAAAACUUAAUAUCAAAAUAUCUUUGAAAUGAAAAAAAGAAAAGCCUACAUAAAAAAUGGCUCCUUGAAGAAUCAAAAAUACUUUGUACGCCAGCAUGCUAAAACAUGCCUAUACUUUGCAGAUAAUUCAAAUGUGUUUUACCAUUAAAAAAAACUAAACUAAUAAAUAAAAAUUGUCAAAAAAACCUACAAGCUAAACUAUUUAUGGUCUAUGUUAAUGCAAUUUAGAUUUAUUUUCCACAAACUUUUACCAACCACCCAUUAAAAAAUUAACAAAUGUUAAAAAAAACAAAAACAGACCAAUAUAAAAUCUGUAAUCUAGUGUCUGGACAAUUCCUCUGUGCAGUCACUCUACCUUUUCUGAGAACAUAACUUGUGAUCAUCUCUGUCUAAUUCAGUAGCAUCAAGGACGCUAGCGCAAUCCGCUGUUGCAAGCAUUGAAUCCUCUCCACGAGACGCACUAACAGCAUCUGUCGUCAUCAUGCUAUGAAGACGAUGCCAAACAUAAAGACCUUCAAAAAUCAAAACUUCUCAAUGAGGAAGCUACUCUAGUUGCCCUAAGCCUAACUGCCACUACAGAUGUGAUUUUAGGCAAAAUAUCAACAUUGCUGUUUUAAGAAAAUACACUGUAUUACAAAUUUGACUGGAGCUAAAAUCACAUGUUUUCUGCCUAUUUUGUUUUUAUUUUCUAUUAUUUGUAAUUGUCCUUAUAACUUGAAAAUGAUGGCAUCCCUCCCAACACAGAGAUAUGUGAGCAAGGCAAGAGGAUGGAGACAGCACGGACAAGAGAAAAAACAAGAUGUGAUUAUGUAUACAUUUUCCCGGUUUGUUAAUGUUAGAAAUGAAAACAUAAUAAUGCUGUGGUUCACCCCCAACUCAAAAUUACAACAAAAAACAUUGAUCUGCAAACACACAAAAUAAUUCCCAGUUGCCCAGUUAGAUUGAACUUUUCUUCUUGGGUGCCUUGUCUGUUGUGUCUUUAGUCAUUGAUUUGUGUAGAUUCCCAUGUUCAUAGUGUUUUGUUUAUUUCAGACGCCUCCAUUUUGGUGUCAGUAUCCAGUAUUUCAUGGUCUACUGUCGACUACCAGAUGUGCUUACGGAAAUCUCUGCCGGGAACAAAAGGAAUGAAUGUUGGGUUACCUGCCAUCACUUACGUACUGUACAAGUUUUUCACUCUGACCUCGUGGAUAGUGAGCAUCGUGUUUCUCCUCUCCUGCAAACCCUACCUGUUUGCUAUUCUUAUGACUGUGCUAGGGGUAGCAGGCUUGUGUUGGACAUUGAAGCAGGAAACGGCCUUCUGCAGUACCUCGGGAAUGGAAAUCCUGUAUAGAAUUAUAAUUGGAUUUAUACUUAUUUUUACCUUUUUCAAUGUAAAAGGACAAAAGACUAAAAUCCCAAUCUCGGUUUACUAUUUCGUCAGGGUGCUUACCGUCACAGGGAUUCUCACAUUGUGCUUCUAUUAUAAACCUAAUUUAACGCGCACUUUACUUUUCACUAUUUUAAGCAUUGCUACUGUUCUUUCCUUGGGAUUAGGCAUAAUCUCGUUAAUCCUUUACUAUGUGUGUUUUCACCCAACCCUAUGUGCUAAGGAAAUGGUGGGAGAUACAGUUGAUGGGGACUCAUCUGAGCAAGUUAGCAGAAUGAAACGUUUUAUAAUGCCUUAACAAAUGUAUUUUUAUUUUUGUUUUAAAUAGAAUGUUAGUAUUUAAAUAAACUAGAAUGUGUUUAUACAGCGAUGUGACGCUCAUUUCUAAGUUUUACUUAUUAUUACUGUUGUUGUUAUCAUUAAUAUUAUUGUCAUUUAUAAAGCGACAACAUAUUCUGCAGUGCUGUACAAUUGUACAGAACAAAGUGAAAAACAUGCCACCAUAAUGAGCAUUCAGGUUUGGAAGAUACCAGCAAUC